AUGGAGCUUGGUGGGAGACAAUCUGUCAGGAAAGCCUUAAAUCAUGAACUUUCUAAACUUUUCAGUGACAUGUGGGAUAUGGAUGUUAACCGCCUUGUGCCUGGGAAAGACUACACAAUUGAUUUGCAGGGAAAAGCAGAUGUCGCACAGCAAGGUGACAGUGCUGUCCAGGACAGUGCAGCCAGACAUCUGUUUCACAACGUAAAUGAAGAACGCCUGAAGAGCAUAAAAACUUUUGCAACCUUUAUUUCCUUAUUGGAUAACUAUGAGACAUCAACCGGUAUGGCAGAAGUAGUGACUCCAGAAGAAAUAGUUGAAAACAAUUGUUUUCUUGAUGCUAUCUUAGCGACAGAAGUCAUGAAACUAGCUCAUGAAUAUCUGCUUAAAAAAACACUGGCAAAGCCAAACCUUGCCGAUUUCAAAUAUCAGCUCUAUGACAUCUGGUUCCAGCUCUAUGCCAGGAAAGAAGGAGACAGACCUGAUUCUUGUGGCUUUGAACAUGUUUUUGUUGGAGAAACAAGGCGUGGUAAACAGAUCUUAGAUUUGCACAACUGGGUGCAAUUUUACCCGGAAAAGCGCAACCAAAUUGACUACAAGGGAUAUGUCUCUCAGAAGAACAAAACCAGGCCUCACAAAGAUGACCAAGUUUUGAGCAUCCAGUUCAGCUGGAAGGGCUCGGUCAAGCCAAUUGGAAGCACCUUUAUUGGUGUCAGCCCGGAGUUCGAAUUUGCCCUUUACACCGUCAUUUUCCUGCUGGCUGAAGAAAGAGUCACACGUGAAACAGUGAAGAUUGAGGAAUAUGAGCAACAGAUGGUUGUUUGCCGCCAUGGGCACCACAUUGGAACAGCAUAUCCGGUACUCCUCAGCACCAGUAGUGAAGACUCACAGUUAGAUUGAUCAGGCAACAUUUCUUUUUUUUCUGGGGGGGAGGACAUGGAACCAGACAGCAGAGUAAGCUGAUGUGUUGUUUUAUACAACUCAUUUUGAGUAAAAAUUGAUGACUCACUCUCUUUUGGUCUGCAAUGGAGUGUUUAAUCAAUAGUGUGCCAUGACUCAGUGUCUGACAAACCUUGAAACAUACUGCUGCUCAUAUUAAAGGCCAGAUUAAACUUACAUCAGCCUUCCUUCGUGCAUGAUAACACUGUACUUUUCAGCAGAUAAUGGAAUUUAGGAAAAGGCUAUAUUAAAAUCAAUACACAUCUUUCUCUUAUUUCUUAGCUACUGCAUAUUUGAAAGAGCAAUAACCCCAUAUUGCUUACAUUUUGCCUUCCAGACAGCAACUUUGAUUUGGCACCAGCAGAACCACAGUACCUUUUUUCUCCUCUCCUCAUUUCAUAAGAGGUUAAUUUCAAAUGCAUUUUUACAAUCACAGUGCCCUGGACACACAGGAAACACAUUCAGAUGUGAGAAUGGUCAUCAGAUCAACAG